CAAAUAUUACCAACUCCUGAAUCACUUACAGGUAGCUGAUUUCUUAUAACUCACCGUCAAUCAUAUCCAAUGGCCCCGUCAGUUGUCGAGAUCCCGACCCCUCAUAAGGUUCCUAGCAUCAAUGGAACCGGUCUGGAAAAAGUUCCCAGAUUUACCCCGGGAUAUACGGCUGUGGAAGAAGUGACCACAGACUACAAAUACGAACACCUUAAGCCAUGCUUUCCCGAUGUUUCCUGGCCACCUCUCGAAGAAGUCCCCUACUCCGAUAAAGGUGUUCUCGGGGAUCCCGAAUAUAAAAAUCUCUUAGCCGAGGCUACCGAUGUCUUCGACUAUACUCCUAAAAUCGGAACUGAGAUCCAUGGAGUUAAGCUGAAGACCCUGACGGAUGCUCAGAAAAAUGACCUCGCGCGGUUGGUUGCCUAUCGAGGGGUGGUAUUUUUUCGGGAUCAGGGGGAUUUCGAAGUUGGGGACCAACUAGACCUAGGACGGUACUGGGGACCCCUGCAUAAACAUGCAACAACCAGCGUCCCGCGAAAAGAAGGGUUGGAUGAGAUCCACGUGGUUUAUCAUGACGCGAAUGGUUUGGAUCAGAGGGCCUUAUUCACACCAACCCAUCUUUGGCACGCAGAUGUAACCUACGAGCUCCAACCACCUUCCUAUACUCUUCUCAAGGUUCUGCACGGCCCUCCACGCGGGGGUGGUGGCGACACUCUCUGGUCAUCCCAAUACGCCGCUUACGAUGUCCUCUCCGCUCCAAUGCAAAAGUAUCUCGAAGGCCUCACGGCCCUCCACUCUGCUGAAGAACAAGCAAUUGGUUCCCGCGCAACAGGAAGACCAGUGAGGCGAGAGCCGGUGAUCACCGAGCACCCUUUGGUCCGCACGCACCCAGUCACGGGCUGGAAGAGCCUAUUCGUGAACCCCGGGUUCGUGAAACAGAUCGUUGGCGUGCCGAAGAUGGAGAGUGAUGCUAUCCUGAAAUACCUCAAUGACAUUGUUGUUGCCACGCAGGAGCUUCACGCUAGGUUCCGCUGGGAGGAGAAUACUAUUGCGAUCUGGGAUAACCGCAUUUGUAAUCACACUGCCACCUAUGGAUUCUCGCCCCACAUGCGUCACGCCAUCCGUGUUACGCCCCACGGUGAACGCCCAGUCUUUGAUCCCAAUAGCAAGUCUCAGGAGGAGGAUCUCGAUGGGAAGGCCGGCAGGACAUCCAUUAACAAGAACGGCGCUAGACCGUCAAACUAUAACGAUUAAGGGGGUUCCCGUGGUAUAUAAGGUUUAGUCGCGACGCGAUUGCUGAGUGCAUGGAUGUGAUUUCAUUCAUUGGUUUAACCUUUAUUUUUUGCUUUAUCAUUUCCGGUCGGCGCUGGUGCAUUGCAGGCAGAAUAUCUGCGAUUAUGAGAUAGUAUCUCACUUGUUUAUUAAAGCGAGCCAAGUUCUAGUAUAUUUACAUUUUUCAUUCUCG